AACAGAGAUUAGCGAAAAGCUGGAGUUUAUUAGAAACACUUAGACGUGCAGGCUGUAACUAUGGAGGCGGCUGAUAUUUUGAAGCAGGUUAAAGUACUCUUGUUUUGGGUAGGUGCUGUGACAGUGGCCUGGGUGUCUCUGUGCACUCUGUACCGACUCUUUAACGGCCUCCGGGUGUGGGUCCUGGGCAACGGGAACCUAAUAAAAGCUUCCAAACUCGGGAAAUGGGCAGUCAUAACCGGGGCCACCGAUGGAAUCGGAAAAGCCUACGCGGAGGAGCUUGCACGGCGAGGCUUCGCUAUCGUCCUCAUCAGCCGUACUCAGGAGAAGCUGGAUGAUGUGUCUAAAGCCAUCGAGAGCAAGUACAACGUUGAGACCAAAACCAUCUCUGCAGACUUUGGAUCGGUGGAUAUCUAUUCCAAGAUUGAAUCUGGACUUGCUGGCCUUGAAAUUGGGAUCUUGGUGAACAAUGUCGGCGUGUCCUACUCUUACCCCGAGUUUUUUCUCAACAUUCCAAACCUCGAUAAUUUCGUCAACAACAUGAUCAACAUCAACGUCACCUCGGUUUGCCAGAUGACUCGGCUCGUGCUGCCCAGAAUGGUUGACAGGUCUAAAGGAGUUAUCCUGAACAUUGCCUCUGCGAGCGGCAUGUACCCAGUUCCACUCCUCACUCUCUACUCGUCCUCUAAGGCUUUUGUGAAUUUCUUCUCUCGUGGACUGGAUGCCGAGUACAGAAGCAAGGGCAUUAUCAUCCAGAGCGUGUUGCCCUUCUACGUUACCACCAAGCUGAGUAAGAUCAAGCGAGCGUCUCUGGACAUUCCCACUCCGGAGACCUACGUGGCAUCGCAGCUGAGCACUGUGGGUCUUCAGAGUCAAACGAACGGCUAUCUGCCUCAUGCCAUCAUGGGUUGGGUGACCACUUCUCUGCUUCCUGCGCAACUGCUCACCAAGUAUGUCAUGAACAUGGGCCUGUCUCAGCGUGCACGUUACCUGAAGAAGCAAAAGCAGGGCUAAGAUGAUCUGGACAGCAAAUGAAGCAGGAUGGGUGGACUUCAGAGAGGAGAAGACUGGUGGACCAACCAAAAAUUACAUAAAACUACUUUUCCUUUCAUUGCUGAGACCAAGAUUAAUUCCUGCUUCACUGCUCCUAAUAGGAUUGUUUGUUUAUUCUGGCUUGUUUGAGUCAUUCAGUAUUUCACAUUUAUUUCAGUUCUAGAGAGCAGACACAAGCAUUUCAUUGUCAUUGCUAACAAAAAUAAAUCUAACGCAUUUCUUGA